AUGAUGAGGAUUCCUUUUGUGGUGGCUCUCUUCAUCCCUAUUUACACGCAUGUGCAAAGAAAAGCAAAACUUCACACCCAACUACCCAUAAAGGAAGCAUUUCUCGUGUUUCUCUCUGUGUGUGUUUCCAUCUCACAGCACCAAGACAGGAAUGCCAACUCUGAAGGUAUUGCCCACAUACUCAAUUGUUCUUAUUGGCAAUGUGCAAGUGCCUGCAUUUGUCACAAACAAAGUGAUGUGGCAAAGAAUUUAACUAUCUCUAAAAAUGGACGAGAUAUGAUUUCAGUACUUGCCGGCCAGUUUUUGCCAAAUUCUGCUUCCAUUGACAGGCUGCCCCAUAACACCAUUUUGUGUCCAUUAAUUUUCAGCCACCUCAGGUGGCAGGGGGCUAGGGAGGUAGAAAGUUUGAGAAUCCUUAUUAUGAUGAGGGCACACCCUGCUUCAAUAUAA